GUUUGGCGCAAAGCCUGCCGGGGCAUGGAGUCCCGGUGAGCUUUGUGCGCAUGUGCGACGAGGUGAGGGGGCUUGGGGGGCCUCGUCUGGGAGAGUGAGGUGCUGCCGUCCCUGCGGGGCUCACAGACCCCCAUGGAGGUCCCGUCUGCCCAGCCCGUGAAGCAGGAAGGCCCAUCGGCCGAGGGCCUAACCCUGGACUCGCCCCGGCACCGCUUUCGCCACUUCCACCUGGGCGACGCGCCGGGCCCCCGCGAGGCACUGGGCCUGCUGCGUGCCCUGUGCCGCCAGUGGCUACAGCCCGAGCUGCAUACCAAGGAGCAGAUGCUGGAGCUGCUGGUGCUGGAGCAGUUCCUGAGUGCCCUCCCUGCCGACAUCCAGGCCUGGGUGUGCAGCCGGCAGCCCCGGAGCGGGGAGGACGCCGUGGCCCUGCUGGAGGAGCUCUGGGGACCAGCAGUGAGGGCACCUCAGGAUGUGACAGAAGGCUCUGGGGUGACCAUUGGAAAGGAUGGUGUUGGGAUGAUGCCCUUAGGAGAUGCGGCCCCCGGGGCUGAGGUGCUGGCGACGGGGGACGCCCAGGCCACGCGCCCCUACAAGCAGGAGCCGGGCAGCCCUCCGCCGGCCCCCGCGGCGCCGCCUGCGCCGGGCCUGCCCGCCUUCCUGGCGGCGGGGGCCCCGGGCACCACCUCCUGCCCCGAGUGCGGCAAGGCCGCCCUGAAGCCCGCCCACCUGCUGCGCCACCGGCAGAGCCACUCGGGCGAGAAGCCACACGCCUGCCCCGAGUGCGGCAAGGCCUUCCGGCGCAAGGAGCACCUGCGGCGCCAUCGCGGCACACACCCCGGCAGCCCCGGGCCGGCCCUGCGCCCGCUGCCCGCGCGCGAGAAGCCGCACGCCUGCUGUGAGUGCGGCAAGACCUUCUACUGGCGCGAGCACCUGGUGCGCCACCGAAAGACGCACUCGGGGGCGCGGCCGUUCGCCUGCUUUCAGUGCGGCAAGGGCUUCGGGCGCCGCGAGCACGUGCUGCGCCACCAGCGCAUCCACGGCCGGGCUGCGGGCGGCGCGGGCGCGCCGGCGGGGCCCGGGGGCGGGGGCCCUUUCCCGGCCUGGCCGCUGGGGUAGCCGCUGCCGUGCCCGCGCCGCCCGCAGCCCCCCCCCCCCCCCAGCCCCCGCCCCCGGCCCGCAGCCCUCCUCCUCCAGCGCUGGCUCCUGAGUCGGCACCCUACUGUUGCCUCUGCCCUUUCCGCCCUGGCCACACUUCCCUAUUCGGUUCUCACGGCUCCCGGGCCUUCCCCCUCCUGGCAGGUGCGUCCACGAACCGAGCCCCCCCCCCUUUCCCUGUCCACCUGCCGCAGGCCCCAGGCGCAGCGAGGCCGGCCUGGUGCCCAGGAGAGGAGCGCAGGGCAGGGGCGGCAGGCCGGCCAUGGAUCCAGAGGAGGCUGAAGGAAGGAGACAGGAUCUUGUCCCUAGGAAACCUCUCCCCACCGGGGGAGAGGGGGUGGGGGGGUGAUGGUUCUGACAGGAUGGACCGGGCUCUGCUGCUGUGCUCCUUGGUCUUGCCCCUCUCUGUGGCCGGGAGGGCACAUGAUGGACAGAGAUGCCUGCUCCUGGGAAGCACUGUUGGGACUACAGUUCACCAGCAUCUGGAGAGUAAUAAAGUUGUUGAUGGGAGGUGCCGA